CGCACUAAUCAGUGUACCGUAAACAAUGGGGUGUUUCUGUGUGUGUGUGGCUUGAUCGUACGUUUGGUUGACAAUCGCGAUGUGAUGUAUUCUACACCAUCGCAUGCUGAGUUAUAUUUUCAUCAAGACUUUAAUUUUUAUAUUAGUUAAAAGAUUUAUUUCUAAAUGUUUUCUUUCGUCGUGAUUACGUUUCUCUAUUUUGGUUUCUAAAUAUGUGUAAUUUGCCGCCGAAGUUCCAUUCAGUGUGUCGCCUUUGUUUAUCAUUCUGUGGCGAUAAUUGCAGUGAUGUUAAACUUCCAAUAUUCGAUCGUGAUAAGGAUAAAUCACAUCUAUCUGAGAUGAUAACGACAUAUUUAUCAAUAAUGGUGUCACCUGAAGAUAUGCUGCCACAGGUGGUAUGUGGGAGCUGUGCACACAAACUUGAUGAAUUUCACACAUUUAGAGAGUUAACUCAUAAAUCAGAAAGGCUCCUAGAACAGUUUCUUCAGUAUGCAAGUUCACUUUCCGGUUCAAAAGAGGAGGUGCUCAGCAUAGCGUCCGAUAAGCUCGAAGAGAUAAUCAAACCGUUCUCCGAGAAUGAUUACGAUCAAGCGAUCAAAAACAAAUACGCGGAAGUCGGGUCCCCGGACUCCACGGAGGAGAUGAAGAAUUUGGAGAGCAGGCAGGCGGCAGUCACUCUCUUGCAGAUCAAGAACUACGACCCCAUGAAAUACGUCAAGGCGGAGGAGGGUCCACACAUUAUGUUUAACAACGUUCCCAGUUUACCGCCUUCCGACAGAGCGAGAGAGGUGAUGCACUGUAACGCAGUCAUAGAUAUAAUAAGCAAGGCGGUAGCGGUCGCGCAGCGCGACGGCGAUGAAUCUCAGACCUUUCCUCCAAACUACGCGAGCGUGAUCGACAGGACGCAUCCGGCGAGUGCCACAGAGGGCGGCUACAGCCAGGAGUACGCCGAGGAGCAGUACACGUACGGCGCCUCGCAGCCCGCCGCCAGCCCCGGCAGCAACGACGACCAUGACAAUAAAGAAAUGGAUCUAUCUCUAUACAGCUCUCUAAAAACGGAACCCGUCGACCACACCGAGCGAACAGAUGCAGAAUCUCUUAAAUUGUACGUACACCGAACGGUGACGAAUAGUAAAAACGUCAACUUUGCCGAUGAGUACAAGCAGCAUGUUUUCGGGCGAGCUGGCAACAAAGCGAAGCAGACGAAAGACAUCUACGAUGAGUGCAGUCAGAGCAGUAGCGGUUCCGAUCCUGACAGGUUACAAAUGGAUAUAUCUGAGAUGUCACAGGACGAUCCGGAGGAGACUCAGUCGGUGCCGUCAACGCAGUCGUCGCCGAAGCCUCCGCACGAAGGUGAAAACGUCAAAGAGUCUUUGUGGCAGGCUCUACAUAGACAGAACGGUCGGGGUGGGGAGGCGACGCAGUUGCUGCGCCGGCUCAUCAACAGCAAGCACCUCGGCAUGACUGUGUCCCCGCUGCGGACAUCCACCUCCCCGCUGCCAACCAACCUGCUGCAGCACAACGGCGCUGUCUCACCGAAUGGCGAAUGGACGAGUUCUGGGCGCACGAGUAGUGCGGCUAUGUCGGGGGGCACGGCGCGUAGGAAGCAGAGUUUCCCGGCGCGCGCGCAGCCCGCCUGCGACCCCCCUCCCCAAACCUGGCCUCACCCCGCCUCAGAAAACCAAGAGCCAGUGGAAGCGUGCACGGGCGCGGCAGGUGCGGGGGGUGCGACGGGCGUGGGGGGCACGGGGGGUGCGCGAAACGUGGCACGAGUGGAGUUGUCGUGCAGCAACUGCGGCACUCACACCACCACCAUCUGGCGGCGGGAUGCACGCGGCGAGAUGGUGUGCAACGCGUGCGGCCUCUACUACAAGCUGCACGGCGUGCCGCGCCCCACCGCCAUGCGCCGCGAUACCAUACACACGCGUCGUCGUCGCCCGCGACACGACGGCAAACACGCCAGGAACAAGUCACGUCGCAACGCGGGCUCGUGUGCUGAGGUGACGGAGAGCGGAGGCGGCGGUGGCGGGGGAGGGGGCGGUGGGGGUGCGGGGGGCGAGGCGAACGAGGAGGCUGUGCUGUCGGCGCUGCGCCGUCAGUUGCAGCCCCACCUGCUGGCGGCACUACACGCGCACAACACGCACACGCACCGCAGCAUGCCGCCGUUGGAUCCCAGUAUGAGCGAGUACGAUGACGCGCCGCUGAACCUUGCGAGCCACGUGGCCGAGGAGACGCACUGACCGCCCCCGCCCCCGCC